GUAAGGUCUAUGGUAAAGCAAUAGCAAUGAUAUCGGGAUUUUGUACAAAUAGUUCUUGCAAAUAUCUUUGUAAAGAUUCUCGUAGAAGUUUUUUUGAAAGUCCUUGUGGUGCUUGUAAAGCUUGUGAAAGUUCUUGCGAAAGUUCUUGUGAAAGUUCUUGCGAAAGUUCUUGUGAAAGUUCUUGUGGAAAUUUUUAUGGAAAGUCUUGUAAAGGACCUUGUGGAAUUUCUU